AUGGUUGUUCUAACUAAAAUGCAAAUCAAGGAAGCUGCUGAGGAAACUCUCUGGCUUCCGCAAUUAGAACGUGAUGCUUGUGGAGUUGGAUUUGUUUGUUCCAUCAAAGGAGUUCGCACUCAUAAGACUCUUUGUGAUUCUCGUGUCAUGUUGGAACGGAUGGCUCAUCGUGGAGCUUGUGCAUGUGAUAACGAUUCGGGAGAUGGUGCUGGUGUAAUGACAGCUAUUCCUGAUGAACUUUAUAGAAAAGAAAUUAAACUGUCUGAUGACAUUGAAUUGCCGAAACCUGGACACUACGCAACAGGAAUUCUCUUUUUGAACCCUGAUUCUUAUAAACAGGCCAAAGAAGCGUUCGGAGAUCUCGCCCGUUACAACAAUGUUCGGGUUAUCUGUUGGAGGAAGAUGGUCACUGAUCGAUCAUGUAUCGGCGAAGAAGCAAAGAAAACGGAACCGCUUAUUCGUCAAGUUUUCGUGACAGCUGAUUAUGUAGAUAUAGAUAUAGCACUCUUCCAACGGAAUAUUUAUAAACUUCGCAAGAUGACAGUCAAUAUGAUGGCAAAACAGAGUGUUGAUUGUUACGUUUGUUCGCUCGGAACCUCAACUAUAGUAUACAAGGGUCAGUUCAAUACCAAACAGCUCUUCCAAUACUAUGCUGAUCUCACCAAUCCGGAUUUCAUCUCUCAUAUUGCUCUGGUUCACUCUCGAUUCUCCACUAAUACAUUCCCAAGUUGGGAAAGAGCUCAGCCAAACAGAAUGCUUGCUCAUAAUGGAGAAAUCAACACACUGAGAGGAAACAUCAAUCUGAUGAGAGCUCGUGAGGGAAUCAUGAAAAGCGACAAGUUUGGAGAUGAUAUGGAUAAACUUUAUCCAAUUGUUGAAGAGGGUCAAACUGAUUCUGGAUGUUUCGAUAAUGUUCUUGAGUUCCUUGUUCAUGUUGGAGAACGUUCGCUCCCAGAAGCAGCAAUGACAAUGGUUCCAGAGGCGUGGGAGAAAGAUGACGAGAUGGAUCAUACCAAGAGAAACUUCUAUCGUUGGGCUUCAAUGACUAUGGAACCAUGGGAUGGGCCUGCAUUAUUGGCGUUCUCUGAUGGUCAAUACAUUGGUGCUAUACUUGAUAGGAACGGUUUACGUCCAGCUCGAUACUAUUUGACAAGCGAUAACUAUUUGUAUCUGUCUUCGGAAGUUGGAGUCAACGAUCAUAAUGUGGAGGACGUCAUUAUCAAGGUACGCUAA